GCCGAGGAGCAACAAAAGCACAACCGUGGGUGCCUGGAACCAUGAGUGGCUUGCACUAUUCACAAGAGCUGCCACUGUUGCUUUCGCUGUGGACUAUGUCGUGAGGUGUGGCUCUUAACGCUCGGGAAUUCUGUCAGUCGAAACGACACGCCAAGGAGGGGUGGUGGUAAAGAUGUCCGCCUCAGUGGGGCCCCAAGGCGGCCCUCGCCCACCCACCGCGCCGCCAACCAUGCCCGACCUGCCGGAUCUCAGCCACCUCACCGAGGAGGAGAGGAAAAUAAUCAUGGCAGUGAUGGAUCGGCAAAAGGAGGAAGAGGAGAAAGAAGAAGCCAUGUUAAAGACGCUGCACCAGCAGUUCGAGAGCUACAAACAGGAAGUGAGGCGCAUCGGGGCGGACACCCGCCGCCAGCAGACCCAACACAAGGACGACGCCCCGACCUGCGGGAUCUGCAGGAAGACCAAGUUUGCAGACGGCUGCGGUCACCUCUGCUCCUACUGCCAGACCAAAUUCUGUGCCCGCUGCGGGGGGCGCGUCUCCCUGCGUUCCAACAACAUUAUGUGGGUAUGCAACCUGUGCCGUAAGCAACAGGAGAUCCUCACCAAAUCAGGAGAAUGGUUUUCAGAGCCAGGGGCGCGGCCAGUGAGCUUGGGCUCCACCCUCAACGACCCAGCCGUGGGCGGUGAUUCGCUGCGGGACAGGAAGCUCCUCCGCUCCAGGUCCCAGGCCCCGCCCACUAGCGCGAGCGCUGGGCACCCGGACGGAACGCAGCCGCCAGCCGGUGUGGCCGGGGUCACCGGGAGGGGAACGGACACCAUGCCGGCAUCCCGGUCUCGGAGUGAACCGCCGAGAGACAAGAAACGGCCCGUGUCCCUGCAUGAGCAGAACGGCAAGACGGCGGGCGUGGGGCGUGGCGGCGGCCGGAGGCUCCAGGGGAAGCUGCCGUCCCAGUCGUCCCAGGACGAGCGUCCCGGGCCUGGGGAGAGGCGGGACGGCCGGCGCCUGGAGAAGGGCCGCUCCCAGGACUACCAAGACGGGGAGGAGGAGCCAGGCUCCCGAGGGCACGCCCACAUGGACCCGCACCGGCGACGCCAGGAGGAGGAGGAGCGCGAGCGCCGGCGGCGGGAGGAGGAGUUCCAGACGCGUUACCGCAGCGACCCCAACCUGGCGCGCUACCCCGUCAAGCCGCAGAAGGAGGAGCAGGAGAUGCGCAUGCACGCCAGGGUGUCCAAGGUGCGCCACGAGCGCCGUCACAGCGACAACGCCAUCAACGAGGUGGGGCUGGAAGGGGGAGGAGGCGGGGGGGGGGGACGUGCCUGA